AUGAUUAUAUUCUUGGUGUUUGCGAUUGCUAAAGGCAGCUAUACAAAUGAAUGUUGCAAAUGUCCAACUUCAGCCAUUCAAUCACCAGCACCUUGUCCCCAACAUACACCACCAGUAUUUUGUCCACCACAUACAUCACAACUUCCUUGUCCACCUAUAUAUUGCCCACCACCACCUGUAUGUCCUCCUCCACUACCUCCUCCUCCACCUGUUUUACCAGUUUGCCCACCACCAAUAUUAUGCCCACAAGCACUGCAUUAUCCACCAGUCUCUCCAUUUAAACCGAUUCCAUGCGCUCAAUCAAAUUCAUUCAUAGGAAGAAGUGGUGAUAAUUAUCCAGUUGGAGGCAUUCUUCCACCACCCAGAACGAUCCAGAAUACAUAUCAAACAACUGAAAAAGAAAAAGAAAGUAAGGAUAAUGAUGAAUCUGAACCAAUAGAAAUCAUGAAAGCAGUGUUUCCAAAAACACAAUGGAAAAUCCCUCAAGAAACGGAAAAGUUAGCAAGUAUUAACGAUGAUCACUAUACUGUACCACCUUAUAGUGAUUCUCUUCAAUUGCUUUCUUCGAAGAAAAAGCCAGUUAGAUAUUACGCUAGCAAACUAUUGAAAGAAAACGCAUCUUUUGGGCCAAUUAUCAGUUACAUACAAGAUAGCGAGGAACAUCAGAAGAAAAAUUACUUUUCGAUAAGUCAGAAUGACUGCUGUUCUGGUUGCAACCAGCCUUGUCAAUUCACACAGCAUAAUUCAAGUACAAGAAGAUCAGCAAAGAUUACGACAAAUCCAAUAUGUAACAAUGUCAUUCUUCGCUACCUCAUGAACCAGGUCAUCGUACCAGAUAUAACUGAAGCUAAACGAAGAAUUCAACGAAUUAGUGAAAGACUUCUUCUGGGUGAAUUCAAUGUUGUUUGUGGGAAAGAAUUCGCUUAUGUUAUACAUGCGCAAGAGUUUUGCCUACAUUCUGUUAGUGAUGUAACAUGCUAUAUGUUCCGUACGGACAAAUAG